UGUGAAGCGUUGUCGUAGUUGAAACAUUCAACGAUAAGCAUUAUACCGCAUAAUGAGCUCUAGUGCUGUAAUUGGAAAACUACCAUGGUAUACCCGUAAUGUGCGUGCUACACAGAAACGGUAAAAACGUCGUGUUUACUGCCACUCUAAUAUGUCAAAAAAUUGUCACUGAAGAGGUCAUGGUCACGUGGUUAUUGUUAUGGUUGUAAGUACAGCCACAACAUUAUUAUUUUAAAAAAAUCAUUUAAAUUAAAUUAAAGCACGUAUGCUGAUAUUGGUGACUACAAAAAAACUUUGUAUUUUAACUUUAAGCAUAGGUAUUUAAUAUUCGGUUCGUAAGCAAAGACAAACCGUGAAAUAUGGAAUUUUUUGAGAAGGCGCACGUUGUCAAGAAAGAGACUUCUCGUAAAGACAGUAAAUCAGAAGAAGCAAUGAAGAAGCAGUUAAAAAAAAUGCUGUUUGGUUAUAAGCUCAGUGAUAACAAACUUUUAAAAAGUUGUGAAAAUGCUACUGAUCUAAAUGAAUUUGAUGAUGAUUCCAGUUCAGUUAGUGGAUUUUCAGAUUUAAAUCUUACUAAUUCUAGCAACGAAGCAGACCAAUCACAACGUGCUGUCCGGUUUAAUGACGAGGAAAAUUGUGCCAUUGCUAGUGAAGAUAGUUAUAGUGAAAUUGCAGAUAAUUCAGAUGAAAACUCUAAAAACAAUAUAGAAUCUAUAACAGAGUAUGAUGUCAAUAACUUAACUCUUUCUGAUGAUCCUCAAAGUGCCAUGGACUCAAAUUCAGAUGAAAGUAGCGAUUUAUCUAUCAUUUCUAGUAAAUCAGGGACAUCAGAAGAAGAUUCAGUGUUUGACGCUAAUGGAGGAUUGGCCACAAAAAUAUUGGAAAAGUUGGAUAAACACAAACUUACAAAAAGGCCAAGAAAACGAAAAUCAGGAAUAGAGUUAGAAACACAGAAAACUGUAGCUAAUAUUAAAAAUAAACAAAUAAAUAAAGGGAAGAAAAAUCAAAAUCUUGCUGAAUUACAAACUAAUAUAAAGAAUAAUGUAUAUGACAAAGCUUAUGAAGAUAAUGUAUCUAUCAGUAGCGAUAUUACUGAUUUCUCUGAUUCCCCCGCUUUUAUAUCACUUGAAGCUUCUGAAAUGUCAGAUCAUAGUUUGAAGGAAAUUUUGGGUCAUUAUAAAUACCCAACAGUAAAAAAUCUUCCAUCAGAUAUACAAAUUACAAAUAAUUCUAACUCUUUCUCUAUUGAGGCCAUGAAUGUAGAAGAUAUUGAAGAAGAUGUUAGUAGUUCAAGUUUAGAAUUUGAUGAUAUGUUGAAUCAAGCUCAAACUGAAAAUUCUGAAAUGAAUAUUAAUAAAUCACCUAUAACAGAAGAUGUAAGUGUAUAUGAUAACACAAUUCAGUCAGAACCUACAUCUGAAAAGGAAAUGUCUUUAGAUUCUGUAGAAGAUGCAUUUGUUAGUCCGAUCAACUAUUACUGUGGAGUAAACAGUUGCAUAUUUAUUUUAAAGCAUCCAGCUGAGCUAUUCAUUCAUGGAAAAGUACAAUUGAAGGUUUUGGGGGGUGCUUUAGACUUAUUUGGUUAUAGACUGAAAGAUAAACUGUAUGAGGUAUAUGCUCCAAAAUACAAUUAUGCCCAUUGUGUUAAAACUGUUGCAAGUCAAAAUUUAUACAAUGGAUUAUUUAGCAAAUUGACUGCUGAAGGGUUAUCAGUAUCUGAUGCUGAAGAAAUAGUAACAACUCUUGGAGAAAAUGAUGGUGUCAUCAGUAUGAGGAGACUUGAUAGCCGAAAUAUGGAUUUUGUAGAGAAUAAUAUGACAGCUAUUGAUUUGUUUAGUAAGAAUACAAGAAAUGUAGAUCAAUGUUUUAAAAAAGUUUCAGAAUUUCUUGGCUGUUCUUUAUAUUUGACUAGGCAGUGGAAAUCAUUUGAGGAAGUAACAUGUUGGAGAAAAGUUGCCGAGUAUGGUAUGAACGACCAGAGUAGGGGCAUCGUUUGCGGAGGCAAGGGCGUUGGAAAAUCAACAUUUCUUCGGUACUACGUAAACAAACUGCUCUCACGAGGCCCCGUUCUAGUAUUAGACCUGGAUCCGGGACAGGCCGAGUUCACCGUCGCUGGGAGUAUAUCCGCCACAGUCGUGGAUGAGCCGUUGUUAGGACCUAGCUUUACACACCUCAAGACUCCUCAUAUGAUGUUGAACAUAGGCAUGAUCAACACAAUGGAUAAUCCAAGACGAUACGCCACAGCCGUUAGAACUCUAAUUAGUCACUGUUGCAACAACGAACAGUUGAAAUCCAUGCCAUGGGUUAUAAACACAAUGGGUCUCUGCAACGCUAUGGGAUUAAAGUUCAUGACACUUAUUAUACUUCAAGCACGGCCUUCGCAUUUACUUCAAAUAGACUCUAAAAAUGCUAAGAAGAGAUUUGAAAUGUAUUUAGACUCGUCUACUACGAAAAAGUUAUACGAGGAGAAUUAUAAAAACGAUCCUCUAUUUAGAGGUUUAGACUUAACAUUGGACUUUGACUAUUCAUUCUUUGUAGCACAUCAUACGGAAAAUCCUGUUAAAAGAAGCUUUUCACUGCCUGCAAGAGAUGAGAGAUAUUUGAACUUUUUAGCUUACUUUGGUGAACUUUUAUCUACUAAAGAACAAACCGAUUUACUGGGCAUAGUGCCUUAUGAAGUGAAAUUGCAAGACCUGCACAUCGGAUUGAAUGUCAAAAUUAACGAGGAUGCUGUGACGAAAGUGAUAAAUGGCAAAAUAAUAGCGCUUUGUCAACUAACUACGCAAGAUAAAGGUGGCGAUGUGUUUACCCUGAGAGAUAAGCAUGUGUUGUGCCACGGGCACGAUUGUCAAUAAAAGAUACUACUUAUGAUGUCAUUGAUGAAUCAUAUGCGUCAAGCUUCUUAUACGUAAUGGUCUUCCUCUAAUGAUGUCAUGUAUUUAAAUGAAACUUCAAAAAUUCCGUUUAGUACUUUUCACAGAGGAUUGAUAACCAUAAUGUUGCCAAUAUUUUUUAUCAUUAAUAUAUAUUUUGCACUUCAAAAACCCAUCAGAUGAUAUUAACUUAUAAUAUUAAAGUGGACUGUGUGUGUUGGCUUAUACGAGGAAUUGAUUUGGAAAAUCAAAUGUUGUACAUCAUUACCCCCAUGCCACAUGAGAAACUGUCUCUAGUUAAUACCUUGGUUUAUGCUGAUUGGGUGCCAGAGUUGAGGGGUCAGGAGCGACAACUACCAGCUGGCAUCACUGUACCCUAUCGCACAGCUACCAUGUAUCAACGGAGACAACUAAUGUUUGCACCCAAGAGAAGAUUCAAUCCACUACAAUUAUUGAAAAUGACAAGGAAUUCCUAAAUUGAAACGGUCCAUGAUUAGUUAAUAAAUUUGUAAUUGGAAUAGAUCCAAAAUAUCUUAAAUUAUAAAAGGAAUUCUAAUAAUUAUGUUAAUUCAUGUAUAUUUGAAAGAUAAUUUUGUACUUACAAUACUAAUAAAACAUAACAUAUAGAUGAUUGAUUUUAACUUAAAUAUUCCCCAUCCUAAACACCUUUUAGUUUAUAAAUGCUGUAAUAUUUUUUUUAUAAAAGUCAAAAAGAGUUUAGAAAAGAAUUGUUAAAACAUGGGGUUCCUUUAUUACUAAUAAAUUAUAUUAGCAUGCAAUAUGGGAAGUUAAAUUUCACACAAACAAUAGAUUACAAUAAAACUGCCCUAUAGAAUCAGAUGGACGUCUCAAAGACGUGUCUAGUUGACAGGCACUUAGCUGAGAAUUGGGGCUUGCGCUCCACGUCAAAUAAACAUCACCUACACAAUUUAUACAUCACUAUUUUAUUGAAAAAAUUAAAAUACAAAAUAUGAAACUAAACAAUCAAGUCUCGGUGAGACGACACCGGUCGAGGAAUAAAUCUAUAUGAAGAAAUGCUACUUGAAUAAUAUAACAUGAUAGUAUAGCACGAAAAAAUUAAGUGGGCCUGUCAAUAUAGGACCCACGAUUGCCCCCGACCAUAUGUUUUAAGGCAUUUACGCUUACCCUUUAUAGAUAAAAUCUAUAAAAUAUACAAGUACCAAUUGUGAAAGUGUAGCCACACGAAUACUGAGUGGGUGUGCGUGCAACGCGCGCCGCGACGUCGCGUCAGCUAUCAGUUUCAGAAGGAAGCACUGUGUGGCCGACGUCGCGACUGCUGCAGUCCGAGUCGUAUCAAACGUAUGUGUCAGGCAGUAUGCGAACGAUUCAUAAAUCAGAGUUCUCCCACCAACAGCACAUUUACAGCAGAGAACACCUAGUCUUCUUCUUCUUUUUAACCUGUAACGCGGCUCUAGUCGCCGUUUCAAACACCUCGCGCACUCCCUCCUUGCUCUUAGCAGAGCAUUCAAGAUAUGCGAAAGCAUUAAUCUUCUCGGCCAUCGCCCUGCCUUCCUGAGGUUUCACGGGCUCCUGCUUCAUUUUGCGAAGUUCAUUAAUUGUGGCCGGAUCAUUGCGCAAAUCCUUUUUGUUCCCGACGAGUAUAAUCGGCACAUUGGGGCAAAAGUGCUUUACUUCAGGCGUCCACUUCUCCGGGAUGUUCUCGAGCGAAUCUGGCGAGUCCACCGAGAAGCACAUCAGAAUGACAUCCGUGUCGGGGUAUGAGAGCGGCCGCAGCCGGUCGUAGUCUUCCUGUCCGGCCGUAUCCCAUAAUGCCAGCUCUACUUGUUUGCCGUCUACUUCUAUGUCGGCGACGUAAUUCUCAAACACUGUCGGCACGUACACUUCCGGAAAUUGAUCCUUACUAAACACGAUCAGCAGGCAAGUUUUACCACAAGCACCGUCACCGACGAUAACUAAUUUUUUGCGUAUCGCAGCCAUCGGUCCUGUGAAAGAAUACAACGCAAAUAAUUAUGAUGGUGUCGAGCGUCAACGCCUUUCAUGACUUAUAAAUAUGGCCGCCGUAUAAGAUUAUGGGUAGGGAGUAGUUAGACAAGCCCUCAAAUGUGAAUAAGCACCUGAACUAGCGGAAGAAGAACAGCACCACCACAUAGUACCCUCACAUGCGAGGGUGGUAUUUAGUAUAUUUUGUAGAUACCUGAAGAUUCUGGCUAAUUUCUGCGGAAUAUUGGCUUAUCGACACUUUUUAUUCGUCUUUGCUCAUCACAAGCACUUUCGUUCAUAA